AGCAUGGCAGUGGUGGCGCGGUUCUUGUUGGCGGUUGGGCGGCGGGGCCGGGGCCGGGGCCGGGCCUUGCGUUUGCCCGCGGCGGCGGCCGCUCCGUACUGCACCGUAGCCCCGCAGCGGGAGCGGCGGCAGCCGCCGCCUGCCGACAUGAGGAGCUACCUGUGGUCGCGCUACAAGGAGGCCAAGCGGGUCACCAAGGAAUUAGUUCCUUCAAUUAUGAGUAACAUGCUGAACCCGGAUGCUAUUUUUUCAAACAAUGAAAUGAGCCUGUCAGACAUUGAAAUCUAUGGCUUUGAUUAUGACUACACAUUGGUCUUUUAUUCUAAACAUCUGCACACACUGAUCUUCAAUGCUGCGCGAGAUCUUCUUAUUAAUGAGCAUAGGUAUCCUGCAGAAAUAAGGAAGUAUGAUUAUGAUCCGAAUUUUGCAAUAAGAGGGCUUCAUUAUGAUGUGCACCGGGCGUUAUUAAUGAAGAUCGAUGCUUUUCAUUAUAUUCAGCUAGGAACAGUUUACAGAGGCCUCAGUGUUGUCCCAGAUGAAGAAGUCAUUGCAAUGUAUGAUGGUUCCCAUGUUCCCUUGGAACAAAUGAGCGACUUUUAUGGAAAGAGCUCACAAGGAAAUACAAUGAAGCAAUUCAUGGAUAUAUUUUCCUUGCCAGAGAUGACACUCCUUUCCUGUGUGAAUGAAUAUUUUCUGAAAAACAACAUAGACUAUGAGCCUGUUCAUCUGUACAAAGAUGUCAAGGAUUCAAUCAGGGAUGUGCACAUCAAAGGAAUAAUGUAUAGAGCAAUUGAAGCAGAUAUUGAGAAAUACAUCUGUUACGCUGAACAAACUCGUGCAGUGUUAGCUAAGCUGGCUGAUCAUGGCAAGAAGAUGUUUCUUAUCACGAACAGUCCCAGCAGCUUCGUGGACAAAGGCAUGAGGUUCAUAGUUGGCAAGGACUGGAGGGAUCUCUUUGAUGUGGUCAUUGUACAGGCUGAUAAGCCAAACUUCUUCAAUGAUAAACGAAGACCUUUUCGGAAGGUGAAUGAAAGGGGAGUGUUGCUUUGGGACAAAAUCCACAAACUGCAGAAAGGCCAGAUCUACAAACAGGGCAACUUGUACGAAUUUCUGAAGCUGACUGGUUGGAGGGGCUCUAAGGUGCUCUACUUCGGUGAUCACAUCUACAGUGACUUGGCAGAUUUGACCCUGAAGCACGGUUGGCGCACUGGUGCGAUUAUCCCAGAGUUACGAUCAGAGAUUAAAAUCAUGAACACAGAGAAGUACAUUCAAACCAUGACCUGGCUACAAACUCUAACGGGAUUACUGGAACACAUGCAGGUUCACCGUGAUCCUGAUUCACAAAUGAUUUUAGAAGAGUGGAAGAAGGAAAGAAAGGAGAUGAGGGAAAUGAACAGGAAUUUCUUCAACGCACAAUUUGGAAGCUUAUUCAGAACGGAUGAGAAUCCCACUUACUUCCUCAGACGUCUCUCUAGAUUUGCAGAUAUCUACAUGGCAUCCCUGAGUUGUCUCUUGAACUAUGAGCCCGAUUACACGUUUUAUCCAAGAAGGACUCCUUUGCAGCAUGAACUUCCUGGCUGGUCAGACCAGCUGUGCACCGGUACAUUCAGAAUACCCUUCCUGCAAGAAACAGUUCAGGUCAAAUAAGCACUUGCCUUGUUCUCUCUAAAAUGAGCUAAUUUGUCUUUUUUUUUUUUUUGGAAUAUAGAUGCAUUUUAAGUCGCUUAAAUCAAUUACCUUGAUUUAGAUGUAAUUCAUACUUGUUCUCAUAAGCGUAGUACUUAUUUUCUCCCCUCCUGCUCAGAGAUGUGAAACCUGUUCUUACACACAGAGGAUAUGCUGGACUGCUGAAAUAGUUGUGGGUUGGGAGGGAGGAAAGGCUGACAUUCAAGGGCGGUUGCCUGUGUUUAUUGAUCUGAAACUUGGAUUUACAGCCACGUGAUUCACAGAGAGAGCUGUGCUGUCCCUUCAGAACUCUAGCUGCAGCCUGCAAUAGCUCUUGGCACUCAGAAGCUUGAAGCCAGUAUUAGUGAUGCAGUGAUAUGCAGCCGGUUUACGGUGACAUUUAGAGAGAUGGUGUAAGCUUUUUAACUUUGUGUUGCAGUAGCUGGCAUGUUAUCUGUACUGAAGUAACUGGUAUAGUAUGUGUGUGCGUCUCUGCUGCAUUGUGAUGGCUGCCAUACAGGCGUGCUCAGGCAGAUAAGCUCUUUUCCUGCCUGUAUGUCUGUGCUUGGCUGUAUGUGGACCUGAGCCUAAACCUGACAGUGACAGGAAGCUUGGGCUGCUUCAGCUUCCUUCUGUUUGCUUUUAGACAUGUUUCUUAGUUUUUAAACAAACGAAAUAUCCACUCUCUGAUAAUAAAGCCAUUUCAGGAGGUCUCGCAGAGUGCAUUUCAAAGUGAAAGCGGAAUUCCAUCAGACUUCAGAUCGAUCCUAAAUGCUGCUUUUUACAUUUCUAAGUGUCUUACAGUGGCAUGCAAUGCAGUUUUGGAGCUCCCUUGGAGAGAAUGUAUUUCAUGUAGCCUUCGUAACGGGCUUCUGCAUUCAGAGUACAUACGCACAAUGGGCAAAUGAGCUGGGGGGGUGGGGAAGUUUAUAAAGAAAGAAAAUGAAAACCAGAGUUAACUGAUGACUUUUUUUUAGCUGAAACCCCCAGAGCUGAACUGGGGGAGUGAUGGACAAUUUGUAUCAAGCAAAACAAUUUUGACUGUGCAGGUGAGAAGUUUUAGUGAAUUACAACAAUUGCAAGUAAGGCAUGAACACAAACUUUGGGUGGCAUAUAUGUUCCAAAGAUUUGAGCUGAAAAUCUCUAUUUUGCACAAGGAAAACAUCUGUUGAUGUGUUUCCUCAAACAGGCACUUUAUAGAACUGCUAUAUGGUUGGUUUUAAACUGAGAUGCUUUCUUUUCUCUGCAUCCGAAGGAAAGCUUUCUUUUUUUUGUGUUUUGUUUUCUUAAGUGGUGCUUCCUGCUCCAGCCAUCUUAGAGGGCAUAUAAAUGAUUGAAUGGCUUUCAAAUUUUAGUUAAGGGUUCUUUUGUUAAAAGCAUAGCAAUUAACAAAAUACAUGUAGAGUUCGGUAUCUUUCAUUUUAGGACAUCACUUGGUUCCUGCCAUGAUUGUCAGGUAGACAAGCUUUUGGUGACCAAAAGUUUUCCUGUUUGUUUUUAACCUGUCUUAUUUGUACGGCUCUGUACUGAAUUCAAGGUGCAGAAUCUUUAAUGUUUUUAAAAGCAUAUUUGCAAAGCAAUGAAUGUAUUUUAAUCUAGCCUGCACAAUUUCAUAUGCAGUUUUCCUGUAUGCUUGAAAUCAGUCUGAAAGCCCGGUGAUGUGCUUAUGGAUUUUCUGUUCAUGGUUUUCUUGUGCCCCUGUUUCAAACCUGACACGCAACACUCCUAAAGUGCACGUUUAAACAGAUGAGCGUACCUGCAAUGAGUGAGCAAGCUGUUCUGUAAGCUGAGCUUUGGGGAUGGAAGUAUCUCCAGUUUGCCUUGGAUUCCUCAUCAUCGCGCUCAUCUAGAACUGAACUCGGUGUUACUGUAUAUGACACCUUUCUUGUUCUAGAGAUCUCAAUGCACUGUUUAAAAUAAAACAAAAAACGUAUGUUCUUCAUCUUACUACCAGCAAUUAGUGGUACUGUUACUCAGUUCUGCAUUACUGAAUUUAACAAUGCUUUGCUUAUAGCUCUGAUGUCAAUUCCUUGAAAUCUGGCUGGGAGUCGGUUUGUUUGCCGUGUGUUCCCAUGAUACCCAGGAAUGGUCGGAUGAUGUUAGCCACGCACUGCCCAUCUUGUUUCAAGAUAAUUGUCUCCUCUUACCUUAGAAAUCCAUCCAAUGUCUGCACAAAGCUACCUGACAACAGCUAGCUGAAAUAAACCUUGUUUAUAUUGCAUGACUUCUUGAAAUAAACAGCACUGCAUGACAAAAAUUAAUUAUGGGAGUUAUGUUCUUUUAAAACUAUAUACAAUAUGAGUUUAAGUGGGGCUUUUAAAGUGUAGUAUUUAUUUUUCAGUGCUAGAAUGUUAGUCUUUUAAAAAUGUCUUGCAUUUUUAUAAUGAUUUCAAAGAACUGGAGCUGUAUACCUCUGUGUUCUCUGCAUUAUUUAUUUGAACCCUUUGUUACUGACUUCAGAGAUUUUUGAGUGCAUUGAAAGGCCGAUGUCUGUUUCUAUUCAUUUUGGCAGUAUAGUUCAUUUGAACACUGAAGUAAGAAUAUUUUUUUUUGUGUUCUAUCAAAAACUCAGAAGAGAAUCAAUAGUCUGGUUUAAAAAAAAAAAGUUUAAUGAACUGCAGAAACAUUUUGUGAUAAAAAUAAUGAUUAUUACAAAAAUAAAUGCUUGGACUUUA